CACACUCGUUUCUACGACGAAACGAUGCUUUGGAUAGACAGCAUACCGGGAAUCGAUCGCCGGCGUCUGCACAUCGUCUGCCUGACGUUGGCGAUCUGCGCCUUCUUCAUCGUUGACACGAUCGACGCCGCGACGGACGAGAGCAAGGAUACAUGGGCCGGAUUCUCGACGUCCUGCACGUCGGAAGACUCGAAGAACGCAUCGGUCUCUUGUCAUGGAGUGCGAAUCGUACGGAAGAUCGUACAACAGCUACUGGAGACCACCAGCAAGGAACGGGACAUCCAACUGUUCGAUGGUGUAUCUUUAGUCGAGGUGCCUGGAAGCAGCUCUUCUCGAAAGGCAAGAGUCUUGAAGGGCUUCGGAGGUCUCGGACCCUUCUUACAAUUCCUCGAAGGUAGAGAACUCAGAGUCAAGCUGCCGUCUUUACUUCCACCAAAUAUCGAAACUGCCUUGAAGGAGAGUUUACCCUCCGAAGCUGAAGCGAGAGGUGGUGGCGGCGGCGGUUUUGGCGGCGGCGGCGGCGGCGGCGGUGGAGGUUUCGGCGGCGGCAAAGGUGGCAAGAAGGGCGGUGGCGGCGGAAUGAUUAUAAUGAUGCUCAUGAUGGGUAAGAUGUUAGCUGCUAUGGGUUUCGGUGCACUGGGUCUCCUGGCUAUGAAGGCGUUGAUGGUUUCGGCAAUGGCCUUGAUGCUGUCGUUGAUCGUAGCCGUGAAAAAGUUGGCGAGCGGUCACGAUGAUCAUGGCGGCCAUCACGUCGUUUACGCGCAGGAAGUUGGUCAUCAUCAUCGUAAGAAGAGAUCAAUCGAAGACGUCGACUCUACACAGUUACCUUACAGAGGAUACGCUCAUCUUUACGCUAACUUAGGCCCGUCUUGAUGCUCUUGAUCGUUAAUUGCACCAACCGCGAGAUUGAAUUGGUUCUCCAACUUUUUAAUUCUCCUACCGCUACUAAAGCUCAGAUAGACAUGACUAGAUGGACUACGUUGACAAUGGCACAUUGGCAUUGCGUUCACGUAAUUUGCAUUUUAGUCACAUCAUCAUUGCUCUUUUAUCAUCAUCACACUUAUUUAAUACAACAUGCACCCUUUUCACAACGUGGCUUUAUAGUUUAUAAAACUACAAACGUCAGUCGCGGUAGGAGGGUUAAUAGACGUUGGAAAAUGACUGAAGACGUGACGCGACGCAAGAUCAGUGACAGUGACAUCAACGAAAUGACAAUGACUGAGGUACUGAUUGACAGCUACGGUAGAAAGUGAUAUUUAACAAAUGCUUGCUCACGAGUUACGUGGUAAUCGAUCUCGAUUAGUCUGCCACUUUGACAGGACUCUCAGUGAAAAAUCACAGACACGCACCGAAGAAACCAAAGUAUGUUGUUUGACUUUUUUAUUUAUUUAUUUUUUUUAUCCACGUAUUUAUUAUUGUGCAAUACAUGUUAAUAAAGCAUACGUGUUUGGAAGAAACGAUA